UUCAGGAUUUCCUCCGCGUUUUCGCAGGCGCUCAUCGAAUUUCUCGGCUCGAUCCGGCCUUCUCCACGGCGGCGCGUGUUGCUGAGGGCAUGGCCAACAUCACCGUCUGCGCGCGGUUCAGGCCUCUGAGCUCGAGAGAGAGGCGCGAUCAUGGUGACGAUUCCGUCUGCAUUGAGCGGAUCGACGACGAGGCCUUCAAUCUCAAGGAUGAAAAGGAAGGAGAGCUGAAGUUCGGCUUCGAUAAGGUGUUCUACGACGACUCCAAGCAAGAUGAUGUCUAUUCGUUUCUGGCUCGUCCUAUUGUUCGAGAUGUGGUAAAUGCAAUAAACGGGACGAUCAUUACCUAUGGACAGACUGGAGCUGGAAAGACAUAUAGCAUGGAGGGACCAAGCAUCCUUGAAUGUGAUGAUGCCAAGAAAGGUCUCCUUGCAAGAGUGGUUGAUGGAAUUUUCAGAGAAAUCACUUCUGCUGAUUCAAUCAAGUAUACAAUUAAAUUGUCCAUGGUAGAGAUCUACAUGGAGAAAGUAAGGGACCUUUUGGAUCUUUCAAAGGACAACAUACAAAUUAAAGAGACUAAAUCACAUGGAAUAUCAUUGCCUGAAGUUACGGAGAUAUCUCUAUCAGACAUUGCUGAAGCAUUACAAAACUUAUCCAGUGGUAUAUGCAACAGAGCAGUUGGAGAGACCCAAAUGAAUGUGGGCAGCAGCAGAAGCCACUGUAUUUACAUAUUCUCGGUGCACCAAGAAUCAACCAAACAGACUAGAACAUUUGGAAAACUGAUUCUCGUGGACCUGGCUGGCUCUGAGAAAGUUGAGAAAACAGGAGCAGAGGGCAGGGUUCUUGAAGAAGCUAAAACCAUCAAUAAGUCCCUGUCAGCACUUGGAAAUGUAGUACAUGCCUUGACAUGUGGUCCAAACGUGAAAGGAAAUUAUAUUCCGUAUCGCAACUCCAAACUUACUCGGAUUUUGCAAGAUUCUCUUGGAGGGAACUCUCACAUGGCAUUACUAUGUUGUUGUUCACCCAGCCCUUCAAAUGUGUCAGAAACUCUAUCAACCCUCAGGUUUGGUGCCAGGGCAAAGCAUAUAAAAGCAUCACCGCGUGUCCACUGUACCAGAGAUAAACAUAUGAAGACACUCGGAACAUCCUUCCCAUCCGAAGAUGAAUCGCGUGACAAAGUUAUGGAGAAGUCAAGGGAGAGCAUGGAUGCUGAAGAUGUCAAGUUGCUUCAGGAUUUGUUCACAUGGGAGGGAAGAGCACUCGAUCCUAAUUUUCUUGAGGACUUGGAAUUUGACUGGGGGGAGGUUGCUGCACCAACUGAUAUUCCAUUCCAACAAGCCGUGGAGGAGCUUACCUCCGCUGUCGAACUGCUUAAAGAUCAGAACAAAGUCCUCGAGGCGAUGCUGGUAAUUGCGACGAGGAUGCUUUCAUCUCAAGGUGAGGAAAGUGGAAAUCUCGGCUUUAUGCACUUAGUGUCGGAGUCUCUGAAACCGACCAUCACUUGGGUCGCGUCAUCGCCCCUGGUCAAGCUGUUGAUAGACAGCUAUGUCCUUAUUCCAUGUUGCUGGUUUACAAAGUGAGAAAGGUUUCCAUAUAAGAACCAUGUUAGAACCUCGGUCUUUGAAAGUGAUCCCCACUAAUUUUCUC